GUAUAAGGUUUAAUAAUUGGGAGAAUGAAACAUAAUCAUGAUCAUCAUGCACCAGCUUCAUCUAAAAAUAAUUGUGUACUUGGUCUUGUUUGCAUCUACAGCAGCAGCAGCUGCUGUUGGCGACCACAUUUCUAUAAACUGCGGCUCCUCAACCACAAGUUCAACAGCACCCUCCGGCAGAGAAUGGCUCCCAGAUAUCCCAACUACUUCUACUAAGGGCUCAUCAUCAUCAUCAUCAUCAAUAGCAACAACAACAACAGUUCCGUACGGCACUGCGCGUAUCUCUCUCUCCCAAUUCUCCUACACUUUUAAUCUGAAUCCAGGUCAGAAAGUUAUCCGCCUUCACUUCAACCCCACCUCUUCCUACUAUGGUGGUUUGAAAGAAGACUUGUUCACUGUUGAAGCUGGACCUUUCACCCUACUCUCCAAUUUCAGCCCCUCUUUAACUGCUCGUGCCCUUUCUCUCACUACUUUUGUCAAGGAAUUCUGCAUCAUCACACACCCUAAUCACCCCUUCAACAUAAUCUUCUCUCCUUCUUCAAAACACACCUACGCUUUCAUUAAUGGCAUCGAGAUUAUCUCAGUACCUUCUACUCUUUCCUACUGUCACAGUGGAGAUUCUGGUGUCCAAUUGGUUGCCACCGAUUCCGUUAUCCACAUCGACAACUCCACCGCACUUGAAAUUGUUCACCGACUCAAUCUCAAAUGGGCCGAUGAUAUCCCUGGCAUGUUUGGAAUGUGGGCAACCAUUCUUAAACAAAAGGCAAACAAACUUCUUAUUAAUAACAACAAUAAUAUCACCUGGAAAAUACCUGUGGAUGUGGGUUUCAGGUACUUGGUCAGACUUCAUUUCUGUGAGCAAGGACUCCGAAUGGCACAGGCUCAGCUCAACGACUUUACACUUUUCAUUAAUCACAUGAUUGCCAUCACCAGCGAUGACAUACACCGACUAAGGGAAGGUGAUGGCAUCCUCUGGUAUAAGAACUACAUGGUCGUCAUCAAUGGGAACAAACACGAGGGUAAACGCGAUCUCUUUAUUUCCUUGCGUUGUAUACAUGGAUUUUUGGAUGGGCAUACUCCACUUGAAGGUUUUGAAAUAUUCAAGUUGAGCAAUCACGACAACAGUCUUGCCAGCCCAAACCCCUUGCCCCCAACACGAGAUUCAUCGUCUCGGGCUAUCCAACUUCUACUCUCGGUUCUUGGUCGCAGAAACACGAUUGCAACUUUUGUCUUUGCUGUAAUGUGUCUGAUAAACGUCAUUAUUCAUAUGCUGCCGCAAAAUUGGGGGGCUAACAUUGCCAUUGCCAUCGAGGAGGAGGAAGAGAAGCCACCGGCCAGGACUAAUAGACUCUGCUGUCGCUUUUCACUAGCUGAGAUCCAGUCGGCCACUGAAGACUUCAAUGAUGCAUUUGUGAUUGGGAAGGGUGGAUUUGGUAAGGUCUACAAAGGGUUUGUAGAUAACAUGCAAGAGAUUGUGGCCAUAAAGCGAUUAAAAACAGACUCCAAGCAAGGGAAGCGUGAAUUUUGGACGGAGAUUGAAAUGCUUUCUGAGCUCCGACAUGUCAAUCUAGUAUCCCUGAUUGGCUACUGCAAUGAGCAGAAUGAAAUGAUCCUUGUUUAUGAGCACAUGCCCUGUGGAACACUGGCUGACCAUCUUUACAAACUUGCUAGGAAAGGCAAUGUUUGGUUACCUCUGUCUUGGAAGCAAAGACUUAAGAUAUGCAUUGGAGCUGGUAGAGGGCUGGACUAUCUUCACACUGGUAAUGGGAUCAUACAUCGUGAUGUGAAGGCUUCGAAUAUACUGCUUGAUCAAAAAUUUGUAGCUAAGGUCUCAGACUUUGGCUUAGCUAAAAUUGAAAUCGAAAGCGAGUCACAAAGCCAAGCUAGCACAAAUAUUAAAGGCACAUUUGGAUACUUUGACCCAGAUUAUCUUAAAACUCGUAAACUGACAACAAAGAGUGACACAUAUUCCUUUGGUGUGGUGUUGUUGGAAGUAUUGUGUGGGAGACCAGCAGUGGAGCCAUGGGCUGAAGAAGAUAAACGAAGUCUAACCAUGUGGGCUCGAGAUUACAUUAGUAAGGGAGAAGUUGAGCAGAUUAUAGCUCCAAGUCUAAGGCGGGAAAUCUCACCAGAUAGCCUCAAGACCUUUGUGAGGGUAGCAGUAAGAUGCUUGCACGACGAACCAAAGAAACGACCAGCAAUAGCAAACGUUGUACUAAAACUCGAGGUUGCACUUAAGCAACAAGAGAAUGCAGAAUCUUGGGAACCGAUUGAGAUAACUAGUUUUGCUGAUGGCUUUCAAUCUAUUGAUAAAUAUCAGCAUGAGAAUGCAAUUCCAUUGGUACCAAAUGAGAUAACAAAUGUUGCUAAUGUGUUGCCUCGGCAGGAGAAUGCGAAAUCUCCAGUAGCCAAUGAAAGAACAAAUGCGGUUUAUGCUAUGCAGGAGAAAGAAAAAUCUUUAUUACCAGAUGAGAUUGCAAGGGUUGCCAAUGCUACGUCAUAUAGUGAUCGAAAUAUUCCAUCAGUGAGCUCACAACUGAUGACCACGGCAUCUUCUAGUGUGCAAAAUGUUGCAUCCCCCCUGAGAGAACAAAUUAAAAGUGAAAUGAUUAGUUUUGGAAAAAAAGAUGGAAGAAAAAAAGCAAUGCAUAAGCUAUCACGUCUUUUGCCAUGGAAUGCAGUUUGGAGCUCUGUAAAACCAUCAAAGAAAAAGGAUCCAGUCGGCCUCUCAUUAUCAGCACCAAUAUCACGUAGGAGCAGAAUUAUAACAUUACGAGGCAGCGCUGUUUCUGAGAAGGCAAUAGGUGGAAGCAAUGAAUUGAUUGUAACUCCCAAUUUAAGGAUUUUCUCCUUUUCGGAACUGAAGGCUGCAACUAAAAACUUCAGAAGUGACAGUAUUCUUGGAGAAGGUGGUUUUGGAAAAGUUUACAAGGGCUGGCUCGAUGAGAAAUUUUCCGGGAAUAAUGGAAGUGGAUCCGUAGUUGCUGUUAAGAAGUUGAAUUCUGAAAGCAUGCAGGGAUUUGAAGAGUGGAAGUCUGAGGUGGAGUUCCUUGGAAGGCUUUCUCACCCCAAUCUGGUAAAGCUGUUGGGCUACUGUUGGGAGGAUAAAGAGCUACUGCUUGUGUACGAAUUUAUGCCAAAAGGCAGCUUAGAGGCACAACUUUUUACGAGGGGUUCUGCUUUUCUGGCGCUUCCAUGGGUGAUUAGGCUUAAGAUAUUAAUUGGAGCAGCUCGUGGUCUGGCAUUCUUGCACGCAUUAGAUGCGCAAAUUAUCUAUAGAGACUUCAAGCCCUCAAACAUAUUGCUCGAUGAGUCAUACAAUGCUAAGCUCUCGGACUUUGGUAUGGCAAAAUUGGGUCCAAUGGCUAAUUCGGAUCAUUCACAUGUGUCAACUCGGGUAAUGGGAACAUACGGUUAUGCUGCUCCUGAGUACGUAGCAACAGGGCAUUUGUACGUGAAAAGUGAUGUGUAUAGUUUUGGUCUGAUCCUAGUUGAAAUGCUGACUGGGUUACGAGCAAUAGACAGAAGUCGUCCAUCCGAACAACGUGUUCUUGUUGAUUGGAUCAAGCCAUAUUUACGCAAGCCCAAUAGGUUGAAGACUGUAAUGGAUUCACGUUUACAAGGAGGAUAUCCAUUGGCAUCUGUAUUUGAAAUAGCUCAGCUUGCUCUAAAUUGUCUCGAAAUGGAACCGAAAAAGAGACCGUCGAUGCAAGAAAGUGUUGAGAUCCUUGAAAGAAUCGAGAAACUCAGACAGCCUAGAGCAGUACAUUUUAGUGAUCAGGCUGGUUAUCAACAGCUAUAGUAAGUACUAUUUAUACUUGGCCGCAGGUUGUAGGUUCUAGACUUUCCCCUUUGUCUGAUGCAAUCACCUUGUUGUGCAAUUGCUGCUGCUAGUUAAGAGAUUAUUAGGUAAUUUUGGUGGGAAAUUAUUGUAUUGUAUCAUGAUUAGUGUUGUUCGGAUCAUUCAUUAGUCAUUACAUUACAAUUAUGAAUUAUUAAUUAAAGUGUUCAAAAAGUGUUUUUUUUUUAA